AAUCGCAGGGACUUGGCCGUAUUGAGAGGAUAUGAAUAGAAGCGGAGCAAUGGUUGCUGUUUCUGUUGUUGUUGUUGCAGAAUAUGUACAAAAAAACAACACGCUCUAUCUCUCGCCGUCGGCUAGCUCGGAAGCCAAGCAUAACAAUGGGUAGAGAAGAAAGUUUAUAUCACCACUAGUGAGUAGUGUGCAUGUGUCACACACAGAACACUUCAUAAACUCGAAAUGGUCUCGGUAAAUAGGAUAAAUGGUUGUUGUUUAUAUCUAAUUUCUUACAACAACAAAAAAAGAUAUAUAAGAGGGACGAAAAGACAGAAAAGAAGCAACAAGAACAAACGUUUUUUUCUGUCUUUUUAAUUUUUUACUAUCAUACCAUCCUAUUUGCAUCAUCAUGUCUUCGUACUAUCCUCCUCCUCAAGAAGGUCCUGAUGGCCAACCGCUUUAUUCGCAACCUCCUGAUGGCGGCUACUAUCAACCUGCACCUCCUCCACAAACAAUUGUUAUCCAACAAGAGGAACAAUCGAGCGACAGCUCAUGUUCUUGCUGUUGGGGAUGCUUGGCAGCCAUUUGUUUCUGCUGUGCCAUAGACCAACUUUGUUAAAAAUAUCUUGCAUGUUCGCGACAGCCAUACACUGUAUCCACAUAAACGACUAUACUCCAGCUGCCCUUUUUAUGUAUAUCCUAUUACUUCGACCCCCUCCCUCACCAGAUAAAUAGUACAGAAGACAGCUAUCUACUACUAUAUAUCCCUUGCCUCAUCGUAUCGUCACCAGCCUUGUAGACACAAGACUGUAAAGUGCAUUGAAGCUUUUUACCCUCCUCCUCGUCCUUUCCUCACAUAUACACACUAUACGACAAGUGUACACCACCAAAACACUCGGCUCCUAGUAUGAUAACAGCCCUCUGCCCCUCUUCUACGCGUUACAAAUAAAUGACAUCACCAUGUUUUGCU